AAGGAAAAAGGAUUGUGGGUUAGAUGGAUAACUACAAAUAGAGACAUCCUAUUUGAAAGGGAUGGAUUUAAUGAAGAUUGCUGGCCUUCUUGGACUUUGGAAGCACUACAUGAAGAAAGAGAACUACUCUCCCAGGCACGAUGUAAGACAUAAAGUUAUCCUAGAAUUAUCUCUCACCCUCUCUCACAAGAGGAAGUGGUGAACCUUGUUAAUUGGUUGCAUAACGGCUACUUGUGUGGGUUACGUAUCAAAAGACUUUUGAAUGGGAGCUUCCCCUCCUGUGAUUUGCAUCAGUGACUAAGUCCAGCUCAAUGGAUGUGGUGCGGAUGACCCUACAACCCGAGGCUUGUACUUCAAGGGAAAAGCGAUAAAACUGUGACCUCAAUCUUGAGGAAUUCUGCAAUACUUGGACGGUUCGUUGUGAUGAAUAAAUGGAUUCUACAUUUAAACAUUCUUCCCUGACUCAUACAAAAGAUGCAACGUCAGUUUAGUGUGGGGGUGUUGUUGUUUAAAAUGUUUCUGCCCACUCCCUCGCAAGAGGGCGCAAACGCCAUCGCACCCGGCUCGGUCUGUGACUAAAGCUGGCAAUAAACGCCAACCCACCUCCCAGAGUGAUUGGUUAAACACGAUGUCAAUCUAAACCACGGCCCCCAUAACCCCUCCUUUAAAUGUAGUGUCGGGCAACAGGUGAGACACUCGACCAGGUAUCACCAAGGAGUUAUUUCCUUGUUUUAAAAAAGUGGAAUAAAGUACCAAAGAACUUUUGUACAAUUGAAAGAUCUCUUUUCAAGUGAAAAUGGGGUGCUUUACAUUUGUGAAGGUUAUGAUGAUUCUUUUCAACCUCUUCAUCUUUCUUGCAGGAGGAGCCUUGUUGGGUGUUGGAAUAUGGGUUAGUGUGGAUGGAACCUCUUUCGUAAAAGUAAUUGGCUCCAUAUCUUCUCAAGCAAUGCAAUUUGUCAACAUUGGUUACUUCUGCAUCGUAGUUGGUGCUAUCUUAGUUAUCCUUGGAUUUCUGGGAUGUUGUGGAGCACAGAAAGAAAGUAAAUGCCUGUUAAUGCUGUUCUUCGUCAUUGUUCUUAUAAUCUUUAUUGCUGAGGUUGCUGCUGCUGUUGUGGCUCUGGUGUAUUCUUCCUUCGCAGAAAGUCUUCUCCGUGCCUGGGUUACUCCAAUACUGAAGAAUGACUAUGGAAAACAAAAAGAUGUGACUGGAAUCUGGAACACUACAAUGAGUGAACUGAAGUGUUGUGGCUUUACCAACUACACAGAUUUUUCUGAUUCCUAUUACUUCAGUAAGAACAAUGCUACCUACCCACAGUUCUGUUGCAAUGCAACAACUGUUUGUAAUGAAGCUGCAGCAUCUAGCAGCAAAGUACAGGGAUGUUUCCAACAACUCUUCGACAUUCUGAAAGAAAAUGCUAACAUUGUUGGUGGGAUUGCUGCAGGAAUUUGUGCACUAGAGAUUGCUGCAAUGGCAGUGUCAAUGUAUCUGUACUGCAAGAUUGAUGGAAAGUCUUACGGAUGAGAGCCAACAUAUUGCAAAUUUCUACCUUAAGUUGUCUGGGGAGUGUGAUGAAACUUCAGAUUUAUGAAAGCUAGCACAAUUGUUUGAUGGUACUUGGAGUUGAAUGUCUUCAGACACUUAGCUUAGCACUUUGUAUUGGCACCUAGUAAAUUCUUAUCAACCUCCAAGCAUCUGUUCACAAUGGAUGUGCAGGAACCUUUCAGAGGCAAAAUAUUCCUUGCUGACAUGAAUGUAUUAAUUGCAUUUGUCUUAUUGCACUAAGUGAAAGUACCUCAGUUUUCCCAUAACUUAAGUUUCUCUGAACUGGAAAUGAGGUAUGAAUACAAAUGUUUUAAUUUUUUGUACUUUUGGAAUUUGUCAGUUUGAUUUAAACAGUGGCUGCCAUGUUUAGAUUUAGUAGGGCAAGGGAGAGGAUUAGUAGUUUUCCUUUAUGCUGCAACCAUGGGCUAUACCCAAGUCAAGUUUCUGACCUCUGUACCAAGGGCUAAAAUCUUUUAAUUUUGCCCACAUUUUGAUACACUUAUUCACAUCAGCACUUUACAAACUGCAAAUAGUAUCGUGGAAAUUUUUUAUACACUUUUCUGAAAGGUAAUUUGUAUUCAGCAGUGUAAACUUGUCUCUUUUUAUUGCCCUACCUAAUUUGUAGGUAGGGCAAGACUACAACUUGAAUAUGUUGUGUGCAUAGUCUUGACAAUGUCUAUUAGUCUUUUGUUGUCUAUUGAACUGGAUGAUUGAUCCUCUAAAGGAUAAAGCCUCUGCUUUGUAUAGAACAUCAGAUAAUCAGUCUUUGUAUUCAUAAUUAUGACCUUAGCAUAACUUUCAAUGAAGUUGAUUUUGUAUAAAUCAUGGUACUUGGAAAUCUUUUAAUAAAUUAUAAACUAAUAAA